CUACGUUCUUCUGAUUGGUUGACAGGUGCCCUCCGGUCGCUUGUUUUCCGUCGCGGACGCAGCGUGAUGACGUAGUGCCCCGACAUUCCACGCCCAAGAUGGCCGCAGUCGGCAAGGAGAGACGUUGCUAAAGGGCUUGCCUGAGGCGAGGGGAUUCUAACAUUUUCAGAAAAUCUUUUGGAAAGAACAAGUCUACUUCAAUAAAUGAAGGAGAGUAAAGAAAAUUCAAGCCCUUCAGUAACCUCAGCAAACCUGGACCACACAAAACCAUGUUGGUACUGGGAUAAGAAAGACUUGGCUCAUACACCUUCACAGUUAGAAGGACUCGAUCCAGCCACUGAGGCCCGGUACCGCCGAGAGGGGGCUCGCUUCAUCUUUGAUGUGGGCACGCGUUUGGGACUACACUAUGAUACCCUGGCAACUGGAAUAAUUUAUUUUCAUCGCUUCUAUAUGUUUCAUUCCUUCAAGCAAUUCCCAAGAUAUGUGACAGGAGCUUGUUGUCUCUUUCUGGCUGGGAAGGUAGAAGAAACACCAAAAAAAUGUAAAGAUAUCAUCAAAACUGCUCGUAGUUUAUUAAAUGAUGUACAAUUUGGACAGUUUGGAGAUGACCCAAAGGAAGAAGUAAUGGUUCUGGAGAGAAUCUUACUACAGACCAUAAAGUUUGACUUACAGGUGGAACAUCCAUACCAAUUUCUACUCAAGUAUGCAAAACAACUCAAAGGUGAUAAAAACAAAAUUCAAAAGUUGGUUCAAAUGGCAUGGACAUUUGUAAAUGACAGUCUCUGCACGACCUUGUCACUGCAGUGGGAACCAGAGAUCAUAGCAGUGGCAGUGAUGUAUCUCGCAGGACGUUUGUGCAAAUUUGAAAUACAAGAAUGGACCUCCAAACCCAUGUAUAGGAGAUGGUGGGAGCAGUUUGUGCAAGAUGUCCCUGUGGAUGUUCUGGAAGACAUCUGCCACCAGAUCCUGGAUCUUUACUCACAAGGCAAACAGCAGAUGCCUCAUCACACGCCCCAUCAGCUGCAGCAGCCCCCAUCUCUCCAGUCUACACCACAAGUGCCACAAGUGCCACAGUCACAGCCCUCGCAAGGCCCCGAGCCACCACAGCCCCAGCAGAAGGACUCACAGCAGCCAGCCCAGCAACAGCCGCCGCAGCCAGCCCAGCAGCCCAAGAAGCCAUCCCCACAGCCCAGUCCUCCCCGACAGGCGAAGCGCGCCGUGGUUGUUUCUCCCAAAGAAGAGAACAAAGCAGCAGAACCACCACCACCUAAAAUCCCCAAAAUUGAGACCACUCACCCUCCAUUGCCUCCAGCCCACCCACCUCCAGACCGGAAGCCCCCACUUGCGGCUGCCUUAGGGGAGGCCGAGCCACCGGGCCCUGUGGAUGCCGGUGACCUUCCCAAAGUCCAGAUUCCUCCUCCGGCCCACCCGGCCCCCGUGCACCAGCCACCACCGCUGCCACACCGGCCACCACCACCGCCGCCUUCCAAUUACAUUACUGGGAUGUCCACCACCAGCUCCUACAUGUCCGGAGAGGGCUACCAGAGCCUGCAGUCCAUGAUGAAGACCGAGGGCCCCUCCUACGGCGCCCUGCCCCCAGCCUAUGGCCCACCAGCUCACCUUCCCUACCACCCACACGUCUACCCCCCUAACCCACCCCCACCGCCUGUGCCCCCACCCCCCACCUCUUUCCCACCACCUGCCAUUCCUCCCCCCACUCCCAGCUACCCCCCACCUCCACCAACCUACAACCCCAACUUCCCGCCCCCACCCCCACGCCUGCCCCCCACCCACGCAGUCCCACCUCACCCUCCUCCAGGCCUGGGCCUGCCGCCCGCUAGCUACCCACCUCCAGCUGUCCCCCCUGGAGGACAGCCACCUGUGCCCCCGCCCAUCCCGCCACCUGGCAUGCCUCCAGUCGGGGGGCUGGGGCGGGCAGGCUGGAUGAGAUAACAUGACGCUUUUUUCCCUUUGUUUUUUUAACAAAAGUUUUUCUAAUCAACUUAAAGAGCAGUUUAAAUGGGUAAGCAGCAGGGUACCUUGUAUAUGCUAGACAGUUGCAGUAUGGGAAGAAAUGGACCGAACCCAUGAAAUGAAAUUGGGGCGGUCCUCUACAUCUAGAGAACGGGGACAGCGGCAUUCAGCGUAGCCUAGGGGUCAGACUGUGUCCUUGGUUUCAGCUGGUGUUGUCUGAGGCCUGCACUGGGUUCCUUUAUACUAGUGAAAAUGUUAACCAGCCAUAUUGGCUCAAUAAAUAGCUUCAGUAAGGAGUAAAUUUCCUUCUAGAAAUCAGUGCCUCCUUUUCCUGGAUACUCAAUUUGAAAUAGUCCCGCUCCAUCUGAAGUCAAGCUGUUGUCACCACUUUCAUUCUGUGACAUUCUCUCCCGUGACACCCAGCAGGGCUUCUGAGCCACUGCAUUGGUUUAGAGAUGUUUACUCCUUUGUAUUAAAGUUAUUCUGAAGGA